AUGACGUGUGGGGCGGAGCCUAUUGAGAGUCUAGAAGAGCCGCGCACCAGAUCUUGCGCAGUGUUCUGCAGGUCGGACGAAACGGUUGAAAACAUUGUCAUAUGCACUCAUGUACCUAGAAUACAUGAAGCAAUUGAAAAACUCUUCAUGGACAUUCCAAAUAUCAACAGGGCAUCUCUGGCUGAUUUGCAGGAUUUUCAGAUUGAAGAAAUGGCAGUUAACCUGUGGAACUGGGCAAUUACCAACAAAGUAGAAUUGUAUAUGAACGAUGAGCAAAUAGCUAAACUGUGUCAUAUUGCUUGCAAGUUGAUUUGUAUGUGUGAUACCUCAGUGGCUUCAGAAACAACUGUUCAGAGACAGAUUUUGAUGAAUAUAAAAGCAGGAAAAGGAUGGAUGGAUGCUGGAAAUGCCCUGAUUGCUGAUGGGUUUUUUCAUGGUGCCAUGAGUAGGCUGGAACAAUUUUAUGCCAUAUUAGUUGACCAGUGCUGCACUGAAACCCACUUGCUCAUUCAGAAGGUUGUUGUGGAGAAGGAAGUUUUCAAAGUGCUUACUUAUCAAGCAGAGUCAGCAGUCAUUCAAGGGAAUUUUCAAAAAGCAUCUAGUCGUAUAAUGCGAUGUAAAGAUAUGUUGAUGAGACUCCCCAAAAUGAUUGGAUAUCUUCAUGUUCUCUGUUACAAGUUUGGAGCUCAAACCCACAAGCAGAAUAAAUAUGAAGAGAGUGCUUUCUGGUUGAGCCAAAGCUAUGAUGUUGGGAAGAUGGAUAAAAGUUCUAUUGGACCAGAUAUGCUGGCUAAAAUUCUGCGGUCCCUAGCCACUGUUUAUUUUGAUUGCCAUAGUGGAGAAUGUUAUACUAAGGGUAUCAUUGCUAUAAAUCUAGCAAACAAGGAAUUUUUACAUCCAGAUGGGCUUUUCUUAAAGAUGAGAAUACUAUUGAAAGCCGAAGCAGCUAAUAUCGAUAUUCUUGAAGCUAUUAAAGAAGUGCUACGUUGUGAAAUGAGUAUUGACUUCUGUCUUAGCAUUGCUAAACUGCUGAUGGAUUAUGGAAGAGAAUCUGCUGGAUUUGUUUUCCUAAAGAAAAUAUGUGACCAUUAUAAGUCAUCAGAACAUGUUGGGAAAGCUGAAUUGUUCCACAUUGACAUGCUUUUACAAAGAAAGGAAGAUCUGCUUGCCAGGGAGAAGAUUGAAGAAAUCCUUCAAGGUUACCAAAUGUGAAGACCACUGAAAACAGAAUUACUAGGCUGGUUACACAACAUUCUGUGGAGAAAAGCUGCCCGAAGUUUUGAGGUAAAAGUUUUUGCUGAUGCCCUCAACUGGUACUGUUACUCUCUGAAGUUUUAUGGAUUUUAAAAAACGGAUCUGGAUGUUGCCAAGCUACAGAGGAAUGUGGCUUCCUGUUACCUGAAUUUGAAAAGCUUUCAUAAGGCCAAAGAGGCAGUGUUGGAGGCUGAACGACUGGAUCCUACAAACGUUUUCACUCAGUUUUAUGUGUUCAAGAUUGCAGUCCUGGAGAGAAACUCUGACAAAGCUUUGCAGGCAAUUGCUGCUUUAGCAUCGGUACUAAAACACAAAGAACUGAGAAGUAAUGACCUGAUUCUACAUGGAAUUUCACCUACUUCACUCAUAAAUUUAGCUGUCCAGUUUGCUCUUGCGAAUGGACAACAAGUUGUGGCAGGAAAAGCUUUGGAAUAUUUAUCUCAUCAUGUAGAAGAUCCAAAACAAGCCCUUUCAUCUUUAAAGUGUCUGUUUCGUCUUGUUCUUCCAAAGGUUUCUCAAAUGCCAGAAUCUGAAAAUAAAAAGAAUGAAAUGAAUUGACUUAUAACUUACUUCAAUACAGCACUCUGGAAACUUACUCAGCCUUGUGAUGAGCAACAGAAUAACAGAAUUAGUGAAGAUAACCAGAUUAAUGAAGCGCACUGGUUUCCGAAGAUAGCUUGGAACUUGGCAGCACAAUCUCAGAAAGAACCAGUGAUAAUGAGAGAGUUUUUCAUGGCUUCUUAUAAUCUGUCCCUGCUUUGUCCUUCUGAUAAAGUAAUUCUGAUUGCACAGAAUACAUGUUUGCUUUUGGCAACUGCAAUUGAUGUCGAGCAAGGAAGAAAAGCUGCAACAACUAUUGAAGAGAAGCAUAUGAUAGAAUUAAAGAAGGUAAACAACCAAAGAUUAUCCAAAAAUAUCAUAGACUCACCUAUUGAGAACUUCUCAAAUCAUUCAUUUGAGAUACUGCUUCUGUUGUAUGUGUUUGAAAUUAAGCUCAAAAUGAAUGACCCGCCUCUGGACACUUUUCUGGAAACAAUGUGGGAGCUGCCUCAUUUAGACAGUAAAAUACUUGAAGCAAUUGCAUCAUUAGCUAUGGAAAGCCCUGUACACUAUCCUAGCAGUGCGCUCAAGGCCUUGAAAAAGGCUCUACUGAUGCACAAAAUGGAAGAAUCUCUUAAUGUUUUGAAAUACAACAAAUGUGUGCACAGCUUGAUUUUCAUUUUCUUACUGACCAGACCAUUGACUGCAGAAUUCUGUCCCUUGAAAGAAAUUUGGAGCUAUUUUCAAGAUGCUCUGAGCUUCAUUAGUCACAAUGAAGACUAUCCAGAAACAGAGGUUGUCUGGCUGAUGACCAAGUCCUGAAAUAUUGGAAUGUUUAUGUAUACCAAGAGCAAGUUCAUAUCAGCUGAAAAAUGGUGUGGCCUGUCAUUGUGUUUUCUGAACCAACUUGGCUUCCUCAAGAAACACUUUGAGGCCCCGAGGCAGGGGAUUGCGCACUAUAAUUUUUUAGAGUGGAAACCAGGAAAGAUGGAAAUCAAGGGGAAACUUGGGCUAGCAAAUGGGAUCUGA